AUAUUUGUCUUUUUUUUAGGUUGAAAUAGAUUUGAUAAUGUUGUGUUUUAGGAAGUGUCUCAGUGUUAUUUUUGGAUUAUACUUACUAACAAUAUGUCAGCUUACAACAAGUGUUUUGAGUGAUGAAACAAACACAGGAAAUACAUCAGCUGAAGAUACAAAACAUGAUGUACCACAGCCUCCUUCUAAAAAUAAUACGGUUACAGCUUCUCCUCCAUCACAGACUCAUCCAGGAAUGAAGGAUCUUAUAUACGCCAAUCAAGAUAUGUUGAGACGAGCGAUGUAUGUAACUUUUGCAGUGUCUGGGAUUUUAAUUGUUUAUUUUGGGAUUCGUUUUAUAAGAGCACGGCGUCGAAGGGCAAGAAGAUAUGGAAGACUAGUUACACCUGGUCGAGAAAAUAUGGAAAUGGAACAUUUAGCAUCAGACGAAGAUGAAGAUGUAACUGUAUUUGAUGCAAGACAAAGUCUUAUGCAAUAAACUCAUUUUCAGAAGAAAGGUAGUUAAAAACGGAUGUAUGAUAAGCAUAGGCUAGCAUCAUGAAUUGCCUCAUUACAUCCAUUUUUUCCCUAAUUGCAAAUCUACCUAUUCUCAAAAUGGAUGAUGUUUACAUGAAUCACGCCAUCAUAAAAUUGCGUUAUUUUACAUGUGUAAUAUAUAAUAAUGCAUAUUUAAAUAAGAUCUCAACCGCUCCAGUGAAAUACGAUACUAAUAUUGCUUUUUCAUCAAGAACAGAGAAAGUGGUGUAAUUCUGUACAGAUUCCCAUAUCAUAUAGUACAUGGAUUAUUAUCUAUAUUGAAUAGCAUCAUGCUAAGAAUAUUAGUCCUAAUCAACUGAUCUCCCUGCGCUAGUUUGCAGGAUUUCUGGACAUCUUGCGCAGAUUGUCUGUCGAUAAUUGUCUAUGGCGAUUGGUUUGCAUUUUUCUCACAUAUAUUGUAUUUGAAUCUUUUAUGUAAUUUUUUGAUGAAGUUACUGAAAUUGAAGAGCGGGACUGAAAUGCAAGUAACAUGGGGCAUGGGGGCAAAUGUAUUAUUUCAGUGUGAAUGUUUUGCCAAAUCUUGCCAUUUUACAAAAUGCUGUAUGUUUAAGAUAUUAAGUGUUUGAGUAUAUUAAAUGACUAUUCAGAGUUCCAUGUAGCAAUUUGCAGUAAAUUGAAGGUUUGAGAAAACACCCUGCCACAUUUUGAAAUAAGUUAGUAAUUAUCCAGUUUGGGUUCGGGUUAGGAGGAAUGAUAGCACUCAACCUAACUGGAUAAUUAGAAUUUUUUCAUUUUAGCGUUUUUUUUUGGUGAGAGCUUUGUAUAAAAGAAGAUUCAAAAACUUCUAUAACAGUAUUGUAACUUAUUUUCCUUCUAGACAUGAGAAAAUGAGUGACGCCCACUUCAAUUUGAGUAUUAAGAUUUAAUAUAGGCCCAGUGCGGUCUGUUAUUUUCUCCUGCUAUCUGCCUAUGUAUGUUCAAGGUAUAUCUGUUCCAUGUGUAUUUAUGUUUUAUUUUACAACUUUUUAUUUGUCAAUACAUAUUGUGCAAUUUCAAGAAAUACUUCUGAUUAUGUGUA